AUGACACCAACGCCGCCAGCUGGCCCUUCGCUCGUCAUUGGCGUGGACGUUGGAGGAACAAACACCGACGCUGUCCUAUUAGACACUAAACAUACAGGGCCAAAGUCAGUCAUUGCAUGGAACAAGUCCCCCACUGCUGCAAACGUCACCCUGGGCGUCCAGAAGACUCUGACAGACCUGCUCCGCAAGGCGCCAGAAAAUGAGAAGAAUAUUGCCGCAGUCACUAUCGGGACAACCCAUUUUCUCAAUGCAAUUCUCGAGCACGAUGCGUCAAGGCUGGAGAAAGUAGCCGUUAUUCGUCUCGCGUCGUACAAUUUCUCCAGCCAGACUCCUUCCUUCAUCGACUGGCCAUCUGCGCUAAAAAGGAUCAUCAAGGGUCACGCCGCCAUUGUGCCUGGAGGUUGCAAUAUCGAUGGCACGCGUAUUGCUGACAUUGACGCUGAGGCCAUUGCGGAGCAGGCGCAGAUAAUCCGCUCUAAAAAUCUAAAGAAUGUUGUCGUGGCGGGCAUCGGGUCUCCGAUGGAUACGAAAUAUCGACAAGAAGCGCAGGUUCGGGAAAUCCUCCGCUCAAAACUUGGCGACGAUGUUAACAUCGUCUGCUCCCACGAGAUCUCUGGGAGUGGCUUGUUGGCUCGAGAGAAUGCGGCGAUUCUCAAUGCCUCCAUCAUUAAUUUUGCACAGAGAACGAUCCGCGGGUUUAUGCAAGCUAUGUCGCAACUGGGUCUCAGGUGUCCGUUGUAUCUUACGGCUAACACCGGUCAUCUGCUCUCGUUCUCGGAGGCCGUUCAGUUUCCCAUCAGAAUUUUCUCAUCGGGAGCCACGAAUUCUAUUCGGGGUGCUGCGUACUUGGCAGGACAGUGCCUGCUCGACAGCGAUGGAGCUGUGGUGGUCGAUAUCGGCGGCACUACGACAGAUGUCGGCUUCCUCUUGCGUAAUGGCUACCCAAGACUCGCCAGCUCGCGCACGGAAAUUGCUGGAAUCAAGGUCAACCUUGAAGUUCUUCAAGUUGAAAGCAUUGCCCUUGGAGGAGGCUCAUCGGUGCGCACGAGUGAAGAUGGGGAAACCGUGUUUGUGGGACCGGGGAGUGUUGGGCAUGAGAUCACUACAAAGGCUCUCUGUUUCGGCGGUACAAUGCCAACAGCCACGGACAUCGCCGUCCUGUCAGGUGCAUCCGUCGGCACGACAAAACCUGCCCUUUCACGAACGACAGUUGACAAGGCGAGAGCCAGGAUUCAGGCAAUGUUGGAAAACCUAGUCGACAGAGUGAAGACCUCGGCAGAGCCCUGCACUGUCAUCCUCGUUGGCGGGGGCGCGGUGCUAUGUCCAGACCGUUUAGAAGGAGUCAGCAAAAUUGUCAUCCCCGAACUCGCAGGGGUAGCCAAUGCGAUAGGCGCUGCUAUCGCCCAGAUUGGCGGAAAGGCGGAAAAGAUGACUGACAGCGCCUCUGUGGAGUUGGCAAAGACUGAGGUGAAAGCUGCUGCGCUUGCAGAUGCCGAGAGUAGGGGUGCUGAUAUCUCUGGGGCCGUGGUUACCAAGGAUGAGGUCGUGGGUAUCCCUUAUAUGGAAAAUGCAAAGCAGGUUUUGAUCGAAGUCGCCUGCCCGGCGGACCACGCGCGGUUCUACUCCUCUUUUAAGGAGAAUCAGCUAGAUGCCCCAGCUCCUGAGGGUGGGCCUGGAUUUGAAGAAAUAAAAGCCAUUGACAACGACCUGCAGCCUAACCGCCUAGCUGAGCCAGUAGUUGAUAUUUCCAAAUACAGACCUUCUAUCGAUGCGUCUGGCAAAUGGCUACUCUCCAAACUCGACGUUGAAUUCAUAUCCAUCGGUUGCUAUAUUCUCGGCUGCGGCGGCGGCGGCUCCCCAUAUUCGACAUACCUCGAAGUCGUCAACUUAGUUGAGGAAGGGAGAACUUUAGCAAUCGUCGAUGCUUCUUCGCUUGCUGCGGAUGCAGUUCUUGUCCCUGUGGGUGCAGUGGGAUCUCCUGCUGUGGCGGACGAGCGACCUGGUGGCGAUUUGGUGCUGCACGCCUUGCAAACAAUGGAAAAGGAGCUGGAGACGAAAUAUGACAGCAUCUUGGCGGUCGAGAUCGGGGGAAGCAAUGGGCUGCAGCCGCUUAUAUGGGCAUCAUCGAAGUAUUACAACUUACCCUGUGUCGAUGGUGAUUUGAUGGGGAGGGCGUAUCCUAAUUUUGAGAAGAUGACGAGCUUCGUUGACUCGACGGACAUCAACAAACUGUUCCCCGUGGCCUUGUCCAGUGGCACAGGCAGGAAUGUAAUCAUCCCAGCUACUCAGCCGGAUGUGCAGGCAGCCGAUUAUGCCAUACGAUCUACAUGCGUUGAAAUGGGCUCCGCCGCCGGUGCCACCGGAGUUCCCAUAAGCGGCUCCGACAUGCAACGCUUUGGCAUCCUCAACACACACUCUCUAGCCUGGCGACUUGGCCGGGCAGUCUCCCUGGCGAGGCAAAGGGGCCAGCUGUUCUCCGUGAUGGAUGAUAUCAUUCGCGAGUUCGGCGGUGCGCAGAGCGCGAAGGUGGUAUUCCGCGGCAAGAUCAUCAGCGUUGAACAUAGCUUGUCCUCUACCGCGCAUACGACUGGGAAGGUAGUUCUGCAGCAACUGUCGCCCGACGAGUUAGGAGUGGGUGACAUGGAGGUGUCUCAUGGUCCGGAGCGGGUGGUUGUUGAAUUUGUCAAUGAGAAUCUGAGCGCCAAGGGGAUUUACUCCGAUGGGUCUGAGGAGUACCUCGCCGUUGUUCCGGACUUGAUCAUGCUCCUCGACGUAUCAACAGGCGAGGCCGUAGGAACUCCGGAAUACAGGUAUGGCCUCAAAAUCAUUCUCAUGGUAGCUGCCCCGCACCCGCUGUGGACAACGGAACGGGGCCUUGAGAUCGGAGGCCCGCCUGCGUUCGGGUUGAGCGUCAAGUACAAGUAUGACCUCCGAUAUGUGAAACCCAAGAGUGUAAUUGAGGAGUACAAGCCUGUCCCUUAG